CACGUAUUCGAUGAAUGUUCCUUGUGAAAAAAGAGACAACAACAACAAAAAAGGAUUCUGUUUUGUUUUAAUUUCACAGAAUUGUUGUUUUACGAUGUGAUGUAAUUUGAUUGAAAAUUUCGUUUUUUUUUUUUUACUCACCACCAUCCAUCCAUCCAUCCAAACAAAAAAACAAUGAAUCAUGGAAUCAACACCAAUGAAACGUAUGAGCUAUACAGCUGAAUUUAAGCUUAAAGUGAUAAAAUAUGCCAAGAUACACGGUAAUCGUGCUAGUAGUCGUUAUUUUAAUAUCAAUGAAAAAUGUAUACGUGAUUGGCGUAAACGUGAAAAUGAAUUACGACGAAUGCCCAAAUAUAAACGAUCAAAUCGUGGCACUAAACGUUUAAUACGACCUGAACAUAUUGAAUAUGAACAUUUUAAUGGACAACCAUCGAAUGAUUUGGUUGAAAUUAAUGAUGAUAAUAAUGAUGGUGAUGAUGAUGUUGAUAUCAGUAUUGAAGUUGCACCAGACAUUUCCGAAGAUUUAUUGAAUGGUUUAGAUGAUGAUGUUUCAUUGGAUUUUAUCAAACAAGAAAACAAUUUUCCUCAAAUCAUGUAUGAUGUAUAUGAAUCGAAUGAAUCAACAUUUAAAUCAAAUGAAAAAGAAAACAAUGAAUCGAAAACCAAUCAAAUGGAUUUUGAAAUUGAAUUGAAAAAUCUGGAUGAAUCUCAACCACCACCACCAUCAUCAUCAUCAUCAACAUCGACAACGUCAUCAACAAUUGAAAUUCGAACAAACGAUAGAAAAAAACGUAAAAAAAUCAUAGGACCAGAUAAAGAAACUGGAACAUUGUUUGAUUUCGGUAUGAAAGCAAUCAAAGUGAUCGGUGCAAUCGAAUUGGAUGAUAAAAAUUCGAAUCAAACAAAAAAUCUAUGUUAUGUAAUAAAAUUUGAAAAUAAUCAAUGCGAUAUUGUCAUGAAUAAAGUAGCACAAAAAUUCUGUCCACAGAUUCUAUUUGAUUUUCUUGAAUCACGUAUUGAAUUUGAUGAAAAAAAUGAUAUUCAUUUACCAUUGUCGAUGGUAAAAUCAUCA